CCUAGGAGUGUCAAUCGGAUCCCCAGAGGUUCCAUUGAUCCUCUGUCUGCAAAUCUAGAACUCUACUUGUUAGUAAUUGACGUGUCCCCCCCCCCCCACACACACACACUAAUCGACUUCGGCUUCCAGUCGGACCCUUCGCUUAUAUGCCCUCGAGGUUGCGUGUUCGGCAGCACGGGAGAUUGUCGCUCCGACGUACAGGGUCUUUGUGAACAGUCUGUGAGAAUAAGAGUGCGCUAA